GUUUUCUCGCUGAUGUCAAUUGAUAUUUGAUAAUAGAAGCCCGUCUCAAAGGUCAAUGAACUCAAAGUAAAAUUCACCGCUCAAAUUCCCCUCGAUUGGGUUGAAAACAGCAUUGUUGGACAGAUUCAGAACGGAGCCAUACAUGAUGAUGCCUGUCUAUCCAUUAUCGUGUCAGCGGCUCGCAGCACGGACUCUCGUCAAAAUAAUAUAGCUACAUUAACCUCGACAUGGUGAGAUAUGCCGCCAUCGAGAUCUGCCUCGUCCGCAUACAUAUUUGAAAAUCAGUGUGAUCACGAACCAUUGACGUCCUGUCCGGCGUCGGAAUAAUCACUUUUUCCCACGAGGGAAUAUCAAAUUUUUUCCAACCAUCACCACCAUCUUCUGCCGGGAACCCAAGUGACUGGCACUCCCCGGUAACGGCGUCAAACCCCAGUCUGAACAGCUGCGAGUCACCGUUCUUAUCGCUUAUCGCUCCCCCACCCGGGCCGAUCUUUUUCUUUUUGCCCUGGGCAAUCGAGAUCCCCCGGCGUGGCUGUUGAAUUCCCAUCUCUCUCGUGAACUUCCACAUCCCCACUGCAAAAAUACGACCAGGCGACUGCAGCGCUGCCAAUUGGCGAGACGACGACGGACGAAGUGUUGCUGCCGAACCUCCAAAACAGACCCAACGAGAACCCCCCGCGCCCGUUAUCGCCAAAGCCUAACCCUAGCUCUCAAGGCUCGCGAUAAUCCACUAAUAUGUUGUCGACCGUGUACAAGGCGGGUCGUGCCCCUGCCCUCCUCCGACAUGGUCGACGGGUCGCCGUCGCACCACAAACCGCCCAAUUGAGGUCCCUCACCUCGGGCGUCCAGAGCCUCCCCGUCCGUCAACCAACCGAGUCGCCAAUUGCUCGUCUCCAGAAGCGCUUCCUCUCAGUGUCUGCCGCCAGACCUGGCAACGCUGCCCAGUCCGCCCCUAACCCCUAUGCCUACCUCGACAGUGGCGUAAUAAAGCCAAAGGAGUUUGUCGAUGUGAAGAAGGUGCUUGUUAUCGGAUCCGGUGGUCUUGCCAUUGGCCAGGCCGGCGAGUUUGACUACUCCGGAUCCCAGGCACUCAAGGCCUUGAAGGAAGCCGGCGUUUCUUCCGUUCUUAUGAACCCCAAUAUCGCUACCAUUCAAACCAACCACUCGCUCGCCGACGAGGUGUACUACCUGCCCAUCACCCCCGAGUAUGUCGAGUAUGUGAUCCAGAAGGAAAGGCCAGAUGGUAUCUUCCUCUCUUUCGGUGGUCAGACUGCCCUGAACCUUGGUGUCCAGAUGGAGAAGUUGGGCAUGUUCGAGAAGUACGGCGUCAGAGUGUUGGGCACCAGCGUCAGGACGUUGGAGCUCUCCGAGGACAGAGAUCUGUUCGCCAAGGCUCUGGAGGAGAUCAACAUCCCCAUUGCCAAGUCUAUUGCCGUCAACACCCUGGACGAUGCUCUCGAGGCUGCCCGCAACAUUGGGUACCCAAUUAUUGUCCGCGCUGCUUAUGCGCUUGGUGGUCUUGGUUCUGGUUUCGCCAACAACGAGGAGGAGCUGCGCAACAUGGCUGCCCGGUCUCUGACUCUCUCCCCCCAAAUCUUGGUCGAGAAGUCUCUCAAGGGCUGGAAGGAAGUUGAAUAUGAGGUCGUGCGUGAUGCGAACAACAACUGCAUCACUGUGUGCAACAUGGAGAACUUUGACCCCUUGGGUAUCCACACUGGUGACUCGAUUGUCGUUGCGCCCAGUCAGACCCUGAGUGAUGAGGAGUACCACAUGCUUCGUUCCGCUGCCAUCAAGAUUGUCCGUCACUUGGGCGUCGUUGGUGAGUGCAACGUCCAGUAUGCGCUCCAGCCUGAUGGGUUGGACUACAGAGUCAUCGAGGUCAAUGCUCGUCUCUCUCGUUCGUCCGCCCUGGCUUCCAAGGCCACCGGUUACCCAUUGGCGUACACUGCUGCCAAGAUUGGUCUUGGACACACUCUUCCUGAGCUUCCCAAUGCCGUCACCAAGACCACCACUGCCAAUUUCGAGCCCUCGCUCGAUUACAUUGUCACCAAGAUUCCCCGCUGGGAUUUGUCCAAGUUUCAGCACGUCAAGCGUGACAUUGGUAGCGCCAUGAAGUCUGUCGGUGAGGUUAUGGCCAUUGGUCGUACCUUUGAGGAGUCUUUCCAGAAGGCCAUCAGACAGGUUGACCCCAACUUUGUCGGCUUCCAGGGUGCCAAGUUUGAGGAUCUCGACUUUGAGCUCCAGAACCCAACUGACCGCCGCUGGUUGGCUGUCGGCCAGGCCAUGCUCCACGAGAACUACACUGUUGACCGUGUCCACGAGCUGACCAAGAUCGACAAGUGGUUUUUGCACAAGCUCCAGAACAUUGUUGACUGCACUAAGGAGCUCCAGCAGAUUGGCAGCCUCCAAGGCCUCAAGAAGGAGAACGUGCUCAAGGCCAAGAAGAUGGGUUUCUCUGACAAGCAGAUUGCUCAUGCUGUCAACAGCACUGAGGACGAGGUUCGCGCCCGCAGAUUGGAGUUUGGCAUCCGCCCCUGGGUCAAGAAGAUCGAUACCCUCGCUGCCGAGUUCCCUGCCGAUACCAACUACCUGUACACCACCUACAACGCCUCGACCCACGAUAUCAACUUCGAGGACAAGGGUACCGUCAUUCUCGGCAGCGGUGUCUACCGCAUUGGUAGCUCCGUCGAGUUCGAUUGGUGCGCUGUCAGCGCCACUCGUGCCCUGAAGGCCAUGGGUGAGAAGACGGUCAUGAUUAACUCAAACCUCCAGUCUGGCCCUAGUAGUCUACUCUGGCUUUCAACACCUUCCCUGCGUGCCCGGGCCUGGUUGUGCAGGACAGUAUCGCGUACUUGUGCCUGUCCGAUUUCUUGCUCGUGCCUUGUCUUGCCUGAUCUUUCACGACAGCAGCGCGCCCUCGAGGGCGCAGCCGCUCGUGGUCGCCUCAGGAUAUUGAAAACAGCAGCAUUUGUCAACCCGGCUCAGAUGUGUCUUGAAUGGCGGCAAGAUCUAGUUCGUAUAUGUUGA